AUGACAGCACCCCCGCGUGCCCUUCCAUCUCCGGCUGCUCAGCAGACCUCCUUCCACGGCCUCUCCCAGAUAACCAGCAGCCUAUACAUUGGUAAUGGUGCGGUCGCCAACAGCAAAUUCAUCCUGUCCAGCAACCACAUCACCACAGUCAUCAAUGUCUCCGUGGAGGUGGUGAACACUUUCUUCGAGAACAUUCAAUACCUACAGGUGCCCGUGGCCGAUACUCCCAGCUCGUGCCUCUAUGACUUUUUUGACCCGAUUGCUGAUCACAUCCACAGCGUGGAAAUGAAGCGGGGCCGCACGCUGCUGCACUGCGCCGCGGGAGUGAGCCGCUCAGCCGCCCUCUGCCUCGCCUACCUCAUGAAAUACCACUCCAUGUCGCUGCUGGAGGCCCACACCUGGGCCAAGUCGUGCCGCCCCAUUAUCCGGCCCAACAACGGCUUUUGGGAGCAGCUUAUCCGUUACGAAUUCAAGCUGUUUAGUAAGAACACCGUGCACAUGAUCAACUCACCGGUGGGUGUAAUUCCCGACGUCUACGAGAAAGAGGUCCUUUCCCGGGUGCCAGAGUGA